CGGUCAGGACUUUAUUUUCAUUAAGUGGCUGUUAUCGCGUCCUACGAUUCGCGAAUCGCGAUAGUAUUAUUUACAUAUCUGCAUAUUUCGCACAAUAUAACCAGAUGUCCGAGGGCGUGUACUAUUGUACCCACGACGAUCUAUGAGUCUCAUAGGAUUUCGACCAUUUGUGGUUCAUGUUUCGACCCGACUCCUUCUGCAUGCAGGGUCUAAGUGUUGCUUUUUACGCCGUCUAUGAGGUUUUUAAGGAAUUCGGAAGGUCCGUGUAUCUUCAAACCGUUGUUGGCUCUAACCCCCGCAAAAUUCCCGUUUAAGACAUUCCUCGGCAUUUUCAUCCGUUCUUUUAAACAUAUUCCCCGAUUUGUCUGAGUGUUGGGUAUGUCCUAUUUCCACGGCGUAAAUGCAGUCAUGCUGCAAAGAGGCUCAUGAUGGUAUAUCCUUACCCGGACGGUAACAGUGGAGUCAGAGAGGAUGGGCAUCUCGAUGUGGCGGCAAUUGGAGAGGGCUGAGAGCAUUUGGUCCAUUGAAGGAAUCGAUGAUCUCAAGUCUUGCGUGGCCAGGUAAUAAUGUCCCAAUAAAUCACCAAAGCUCAAUGUUUCUUUAGCUGUCUCCCCCGACGUCCAUUUUCCUCCAUUGAACCGACUCUGCACCACUGGUUAUUCAGUUCUCACUCACUUAGUCUUUCUAAAAAAUGUCUGGCAUCAAAGCACAACCGAAGAUGGGCGACAAGGAGAAAGAGCAGUUCGACAGGCUGUUAAGUGAUGACAGCAGCUCCGACGUCGUCGAGGGCGUUGUCUAUCCUAAGCCUAGCUGGAGGCGGAACAAAGGCGUCUUCCUCACUUAUGCUUCUUUUGCCUUCCUAGCUAUUGUUUCUGUUGUCUUAGUAGGAGUAGCGUCGGGAAAUAUUGCUACCUCAGACAAACUACUCGGGCAAGCUCGAGAUGAGAUCACCAAUCUUCGCGCCCUCACAGCAACUCACUCCCAACCAACCCAGGCUGACUCUGCCAAGUUGACUGGCGAGGAGUUUGGCCACUGCGGGUCAACCAUUGCUGAGGCAAAGCGCCUGGGAUGUGUAUUCGACUCAAUGUCGUGGGCCUGGCAGCGACCGGAGUGCUAUCACGCCGAGCUAGUAGAUGAUUUCCUUACCCGAAUGGACUGGAAACUCUACCCCUCGAACGACACGAUGAACACCCAGCCAGCAUCGCGUGAGGGCUGGGAGAGAGGUGACUAUGUCACUCUCUAUGCAGACAAGGCGUGGCAUUUCUUCCACUGCAUGUACUCAUGGCGCAAGUUCCAUGAGGCAUUUGAGAAGAGGAUGCCAAUGGAUAACGACAUAGCGAUGUUUGGACACACAAUGCAUUGUGAUGGUGUGUUCCUGCAUAACCUUGACCCUGAAUUGAUCGGCACAUGGGAAUGCGAUUCGUGGCCUGGUGGAUGUCGAACUAUCGAGGUCACCGCGGGGUUCAAUAAAUGCGGGUGGUACUAGAUCUGCGUUGAUGAAGCGUGGAUGGGUUUGGUUGGAGUUUCUUAGAAAUUGGGACGUCGUGAUAGAGUAUAUUUAGUCUAUCGAUCUACGUUGUUAGUAUGUAGUUAGAUGAAUCUGGUUGUAAGCGGUGGGGUUGCAAAGCUUGUUACCCCUAUUUAGCUCUAGUCUUAGUGUAAGCCGGAUAACCGAAAAGGGGUAGCCCGAAAACAAUUCUGUAUACUCAAAUGCUUCACACCUGAAUAGGUACUGGGUAGACUUGUCAUCGCG